AAUCACCGUGUGAUCUAAGUACUUUGCUUAAGCUCACCGCCCUGAUAAGUAAUAAACUAUCAGUGUUGGUAAUCCACCAGCUGUAAGGCUUCUGAGUUAUAAACCAGUCGUCUAGACUAUUCAAGUUAUAAACUGAGUAGUUAGCUGUAAUCGAUCUUACCUCACUCACGCUACGUUCCGAUCAACAGAUUAUUUCGCUAGUAUUCGCUUAACGAAGCAAUCAUAUCGUUAACAGCAGGACCUAGAUGAUGGCAUGCACCGUCGGGCCUUGAACAUCUAGGUCUCUGAAGCGUCGUCCUAUAUCCAACACUAUCCCGCUACCUCGGUGAAGGGUCGGUGGGACAGUACGGCUUUGCUGACUGUAGCCGCGCUGAAUGGCUCUGCGCAGGUUUUGUAAGGCUACCUACAAGGUUCUACGCCGACAUAACCCGUGCACAAACAUACAAAAGUGCAGAUAUGCUUCCAACCAGUCUAUUUAAAAACCGACAGAUCCCAGCCAGCAAUGUCGCCUCAAAAGCGUUCCAUCCUCAUCAUCGGUGGUAGUGGUGCUCUGGGAAAACCGCUGACAGAGACAUUCCUCCGGCGGAAAGAUCGUUUCGGUCGCAUUGCCAUUCUUUCUGAACCUGAAAAGGCCCACAAGCUGGAUAUUGCCCGAGCAUUAGGUGCCGAGUUUGUCUUCGGCUCGUUUCUUGACGCCGAGAUCUACCAUGGGUUCGACAUUGUUUUCUCGCUUGUGGGUGAUCCCAUCAUGCGUUUGCAGCCAGCCAUGAGCGAGGCUGCCGUCAAAGGUGGCGUGCGCCACUUCUAUCCCUCCGAAUACGGCACGGAUAUAUCUCAAGAAGGCAUUUGGUCGUUCCGAUAUCUCCGGGACAAGGUGGUGACACGCGAUCAUCUCCGUGCCACCGCCAAGCGCGUUCCAGGCUUCAAGUACACGCUCGUGCUCGUGGGCCUGUUUACAGAAUAUGCGUGUUCGCCGUUCAGUGGAUUCGAUCUGGACAACCAUACCGUGGAGGUUUAUGGAAAUGCGGACGCGGGCGUUGUUCGUUACAUCGUUGGCUCAGUGUUCCUUCUCUUCCCAGAGGGCGAGUACUGGCGCGAAAUUCGUGCUCGCGGGGACCACCUGCCCUUCACCGAAGCAGCCAAGAAACAAGAAAAAGCGCGCAUUCGAGGGGAUGAGAGUGGAGAACUGAUGGGGGCAGCAAAGACAGCUGCCGCGACGGGUAAGGCUUUUGUCCCUGGCCCGCUGGAUAACGAUAAAUUCGAAUUCACGCCGGAGACUGCGCAAGAGACUCUCAGUCGACUGUUUUCUCUGUAA